AUGGAGAUCUUCGUCAAGACCCUCGCCGGCAAGUUGAUCACCAUCAAGGUUGAUCCAUCCGACACCAUCUACAUCGUCAAGACAAAGAUCCAAGAUCAGCAGCGCCUUGUUUUCAAUGGGGAGCAGCUUGAAGACGAGCGUACUCUGGCUGAUUACGACAUCCAGGAUGAAUCCACUCUCAGCCUCGAUCUGCCCAUCCAAAGGAGGAGGAUGCUAAUCCGUGUCAACACGUUGACUGGCACCUCACUACCUCUUGAUGUGGAGAAUUUUGAUACCAUCGAUAGUGUCAAGGAGAAGAUCUGGGUUGAGAAGGGCAUUCCUGUGCACCAGCAGAGACUCGUCUAUGCUGGAAAACAACUGGAGAAUGGCCGCACCCUGGAGGAGUACAAUAUACGUCACGAAGCUACUCUUCAUCUGAUUCUCCGCUUUCGUGUUUCCCCGGAACAGUGA